UACCGGAGCCAAGAGAGGCAGGGCGCCUCCCCGCCUUCGCUGCGGUGACCUCCGCUGUCAGUCUUCCCGGCCGCUCGCCCUCCGGCUGUGGGCUGUGCCCGCCCCAGGAGAUUUGCGCCUGGUCGCAGGGCGACCACCUCCAGGCGUUGGCACUCCCUUCCUCCUCUCUCGCCCCUCCUCCGCCUCUUCCGUUUCUCCGGGAAAGACUGUAUCCUCCUUCUUCGGGGCUCCGCAUCCUCGCUUGGGUAAUCCGCUUUCCUGCUUUCGCCACCCCUCCCGGGUGUCCAGCGUCUCCACCUUCGCGCCUUUGGGUCCCCGCGAGCCUCGCGCGCUCCAUCGCCUCUGCAGAAGGCAGCUGAGAGCCAGAGGGUGGGGAAGGCUGAGACGCAGGCUUUAGAAAUGUCAGACAUCCUCCUGGAACUGCUCCGUGUCUCCGAGAAGGCCGCGAACAUCGCCAGGGCGUGCCGGCAGCAGGAGGCUCUCUUCCAGCUGCUCAUCGAGGAGAAGAAAGGUGCAGAGAAGAAUAAGAAGUUUGCUGCAGAUUUCAAGACCCUGGCGGAUGUGCUGGUGCAGGAAGUUAUAAAACAGGACAUGGAGAACAAGUUUCCAGGCUUGGGGGAAAAAGUUUUUGGAGAAGAAUCCAAUGAGUUUACAAAUGAUUUGGGGGAAAAGAUCACAGUGGAACUGCAGUCCACGGAGGAGGAGACAGCAGAACUUCUCAGCAGAGUCCUUAAUGGCAACAUGCUGGCAUCGGAGGCACUGGCUAAGGUGGUUCACGAGGAUGUGGACUUCACUGACCCCACUGUGGAGGCCCUGGACAUCAGCAUCCCACAGGAGAUUCUUGGGAUUUGGGUGGAUCCCAUCGAUUCAACCUAUCAGUAUAUUAAAGGUUCUGCCAAUGUUAAAUCCAACCAAGGAGUUUUCCCCAGUGGACUUCAGUGCGUGACCAUUUUGAUUGGGGUCUAUGACCUGCAGACAGGCCUGCCCCUCAUGGGAGUCAUCAAUCAGCCUUUCGUGUCCCAAAACCUCACUACUUUAAGGUGGAAGGGACAGUGCUACUGGGGCCUUUCUUACAUGGAGACCAACAUCCAUUCCCUGCAGCUUGCCUUCUCUAAAAGCGACAGUGAAACCCAAACGGAGAACCCCGACGGGGAGUUCUCCAGCCCCUUUUCUGCAGUCAUCAGUACCAGCGAAAAGGACACCAUCAAAGCUGCUCUAUCACGCGUGUGCGGAGGCAGCGUCUUCCCAGCGGCGGGGGCCGGCUACAAGAGCCUCUGUGUUGUCCAGGGCUUGGCUGACAUUUACAUCUUCUCAGAGGACACCACAUACAAGUGGGACUCCUGUGCGGCUCACGCCAUUCUGAGGGCCAUGGGUGGGGGCAUUGUAGACAUGAAAGCGUGCUUAGAGAGAAGUCCAGACAUGGGGCUGGAUUUGCCACAGCUGCUGUAUCACAUGGAAAACAAAGGUGCUUCUGGGGUGGAUCUCUGGGCCAACAAGGGAGGGCUGAUAGCGUACAGGUCCCGGAGUCGGCUGGAUAUCUUCCUGAGCCGCCUCAUCCAAAACCUCGGGCCUCUAAAGACACAAACAUAGGACUCUGAUCUCAGGGCCCUUAAGCCGAACUGAAUCUUUUCCUGUUAUAUCUAUCUCUUGAAGAUAGUGUUAUCCCAUUGGUUAAUAUUCACCUUCCUGUUUUGAGGAACAUUUUCCCAUUAUGUGUUCAUAAUGUGAAUUUCAGUAAGUUAAUGGCAUUUGUGUCACAGUUAAGUUGGUAUACGAUAUUGUUAUAUGAAUAUUGUGCUGUUGUUGUUGCUUGGAACCCUUCAAUAAAAUACCAAGGGAGGAGAAAAAAAAGUACAGUUCAAGUAGAAUGACUAAAUCCCCAGCAGUUUGGGAUCCAGGCUUGGGUAUCCAUGGGUUUAGCCUGAGGCAGAAGAUUUAGAACCAUGGAUUUGAAUACUAUAGCUAAGUUCAUGUACUUUCAAUACUUUCCUUGAGUUUCUUAUAAAAAAGAAGGCUGGGCACUGAGGGCUUCCACCCACUGAAGCAGAGUCAGAGUUAGAAUUAAGGAAACAAAAAGGAAAAACAUACAGACGAGAAAGAAGACAGAGCAUGUAAUAGGUGGUUGGUAGGUAGAAAGAAUGGAAGAAAGAAAGAAGAAAGGAAGAUACAUACACAUACAUACAUAUAUACAUAUAUACAUACAUAUAUGCAUAUACACAUACAUAUAUGCAUACAUACAUAUAUACAUAUACAUACAUAUAUUCAUAUAUACAUACAUAUAUGCAUACAUACAUAUAUAUAUAUACAUAUAUACAUAUAUAAUAUAUACAUAUAUAAUACAUACAUAGGCAGGUGGUAGAUGCUUGGUAGAUAGAAAGAAAGAAAGAUACAUCCAUACAUACUUAGGCAGGCAGGUAAUACAUGGUUGGUAGAAAGAUAGGUGGAUAGCUAUCUAGCUAGCUACAUACAUACAUACAUACAUACAUACAUACAUACCAUACAUACAUACAUACAUACAUAGGCAGGCAGGUGAUAGAUGGAAGAUAGAUAGAUAGAUAGAUAGAUAGAUAGAUAGAUAGAUAAUACAUACAUACAUACAUACAUACAUAGGCAGGCAGGUGAUAGAUGGAAGAUAGAUAGAUAGAUAGAUAGAUAGAUAGAUAGAUAGAUAGAUAGAUAGAUAAUACAUACAUACAUACCAUACAUACAUACAUACAUACAUAGGCAGGCAGGUGAUAGAUGGAAGAUAGAUAGAUAGAUAGAUAGAUAGAUAGAUAGAUAGAUAGAUAGAUCAUACAUACAAACAUGCAUACAUACGUACAUACAUACAUAUAUACAUACAUACAUACUUAGGCAGGUGACAGAUGGUAAAGCAUAGGCAAAGCAGAAGGGGGUGAAUCAAAGAGCUUCCUAUAUGUUUUGCAUAUUUACUACUCUCCACAGCAAUAGCAAUACAACCUUCUGUUUGCCGGGGCUAAUUUCUCUUAGAGCUGUGCACAGACCACAUGUGCAAUGUUCUUUAGCAGCUCAGGUAACCCAGGGAGUGUCACCUGGGGGGCUUCAGUCCCUCCUGUCCUCUGGGUACUAAUGACUGUCUUUGUAGCAUCCUCAUGGUCACAGAUUAUUGGCAAUAAGUCAAGUGUAUUUAUUUCUUCUCUUGUUCUUCAACUCAAGAAAUGAAUUGACAAGUAAUUUAUGUAUAUUAUGUCGUACAUGUAUGAUGCUUUGAAACAUGCUACAUUGAGCUAUUAUCUCACCUUUUGUGAUGAGGACAUUUACAAGCCAUUGCUAGCAAUCAUGCAGUGUAUGCCUCACUGUUAGCUAUAGUCACCACGUUGGACAGUAGAUCUCUUGACGUUUUCUUCUAACUGAAAUCCUGUUUUCUUUUAUCAAUAUCUUGCUAACUCCCUCCUAUAUUGGGACUCUCUCAGAUGUGCCAAUGAUUUAAAUAAUGACAUAGAGACUUUUUAAUAUUCUAAGGCGUAGGCCUUUCAGCUCCUCUAGCCUGACUAGUCCUGGCACUAUGCCCUAAUCAUAUGGCCAGCUCUGCCUCUCUGCUCUGCUCUCUGGUCCACUGUUCAGCUCAUAUCAGCUGGCUGAAUCUCCUGCCUCUGACUCUUCUCCCAGUAUCCCUCUUUCUACCCAAAAGAUCUGCUCUCCACUUCCUGCCCAAGUAUUGACUAGCAGAUCUUUAUUACAGCCAGUAAGAUACAUUUCACCUUCAACAGGUGAGGAAGAAUGAGUAGUUACAAACUAUGAGACCCAUGAUGGGCCAAAGAAAUAACCAUACCAAGACCCUGCCAGUGCAGAAUUAACAGUUGACUCUACAGAGACACUCCUUCACACAGUGUUACUCCUGUUCCCCCCUGACUCAGCCUUUAGUAAUCAACAUUCUACUCUUUGCUUUUGAGUGAGUUCUUUAGAGCAGUGAGAAUCUAGCUCUAGAAUGACAAAACUCUAAUCAGUCGCCUUGUGGGACCUGAAACAUCCACCAAUGGGCACUUAGGGUGAUGGUGCCAUAGUCCUGGCUGCUCCACCCACCGCUGUGAUAAACGUGGAGCAGAUGCUUCUUUCACAUGCAGUAACCAUCACUGUCAGAACUUAGUGUCAUGCAGCAGAGCCAUUAGUGAUGCAGAUCCAGCUUUAAAAGUCUACUCUGGGCUCUGGACUGAAGUCUUGUAGGCUGUGUAUUUCUGUUACUAUUCUUUUUUAUUUGAAACAGGGUUUCAUUGUGUAGCUUUGGCUGUCUUGGAAUCUGCUCUGCACACCAGGCUGGGCUGGAACUCAGAGAUUCCAAGUACUGGGAUUAAAGGUGUGUGCCAACAUGGCCCAGCUCUGUUAUGAAUUUUAAAGGUUGAUUUGAAGAUAAGUUGAUUCUUCACAAAACAGAUAAUAAAUUAAAACUCAGGAACGUGCUCCCAUAUGCACUAGCAUGAAGAAAUUACAUGUGUUUCAAGAGCAAGCAAUGUUAGUAUGAACAUCAUAAGAGUAUAUAGUCAAUAACAUACAGUAAAAGCGGACACCUUCAUAGAGAUUUGAAUGGACAGUUUCCCAAUUACAAAGAGAGAAAAAAUCCCAAAGAGAAGAGAGAGACAAUACAUUUUAGAUACAACUGGCCUUUAUUUGUGCCACAAACUUGUAACCACAAACUUAAGCAAUGUUAGAUGUAAAAUGCUUUUUAAUUUAAAUUGUACUGAAUAUGUAAGAAGUUUUCAUGUCAGUGUUUUCCAGAUACUAUGGUAGAGCACCUAUUAUACAUGCAUACCUACAUACAUACAUGCAUACAUCAUACAUACACACACAAAUACAUGCACACAUACAUGCUUACAAUUUACAUUGAAUUUAGGUUUUUAUAGGUGAUGUGAAUACUGGUGCUCAGGAGAAAGUUAAAUAGAUUACAUGCAAAUCUUCUGUCAUUUUACACAAUGAACUCAAGCAUGUGAGAACUUGAGUCUCGGCGGUUGCUUUCUAAAGCCAUUUGCAGGAAGUCUGGGGCAAGAUCAUUUGGUAUUCUUGUCAUUUUCUUCUAUUUCUACAACUGUUUUAUAUUCAAUAUUUUUAUGAGUCCCAUUAUCAUUACCUACAGAAGUCUUCAAUUCUUUUCAAACUCAAGUUUCAUUAUUUUCCAUUAUGUUUAAUCUAUGAACUCUCUCUGUCUGUCUGUCUGUCUGUCUGUGUGUGUAUGUGUGUGUGUGUGAGAGAGAGACAGAGACAGAGACAGAGAGACAAGAGCGGGGGUGGGGGUGGGGGGAGAGAGCUGUAUGUUCUCAUACAUGGAGGAUGCCAGGACACUGGAUGUCUCCCUCUCUCACCUGCUCUUGUUGCUUUAAGACAGUUGCACUGAAUCAGAAGGUCAGCAUUUUAGCUAGGCUGACUGGCCAGAGAGUUCUCAUGAUCUGCCUGUCUCAUCCCUACAAUGAUGAAGUUACAAGCAUUCACAGCUAUGCCUGAGUCCAGGUUUUCAAACUUGGAUCCUAAUGCUAAGUCCUUACUCUAUUACUCUGAGCUGUCUCCCUAGCCCUUCAACUUGAUUAUUAAAAGGAAAGACAGAACACAGAGCUUUAGAAGAAGUCAGUAGCUCUUGAUACCAGUCAACUCACUUGAUGGGCGUAAAAGUUUGUGUACCACAAAAAAGGAGUUCUUUAGAGUGGCUUCUCUUGGCCACAUAGGUCAGGCAGCUUAUGCAUGGAUCAAUGCAUCUUACAAGAAAAAUGGGCAUAUUAACCUUCCAAGUCACUUAAAUAGUCAGUGCCAAAGGGACUGUCCACCAAAAUCACCUCCAGAGACUCAAGUCAAUGUCUCUCAUGACCUCUACUUUAUCCAGUCAUUCAGCAACCAUCUUGGCUGCACUUAGACAUUUUAUGGAGAAACCCUUCUACUCCUCACCCUAAUCCGAAUCAUUGCAAUAAACUAUGCAUUUGCUUCCGUGUCUUAACUUUUCAGUUGGGAAGAACUCUGUAAGCAAUCAGGUCUGUUUGUUCAAAACAUUCCACGUGGCUCAUCUGUCAGCCAAAUACUGUAAAUGAUUUAUCCUUUCUAUAAAUGUAAACAGUGAAUUAAUCUG